AUGGAAUACGCUCCGCAAUAUCAACAGCCUCAUGGCCAACACCCACACCCCCCUUCCCACAUCGCUGGUCCCUACCAAGCCGCACCACCAAACGCUGGCCCGCCCGUGGGGUCGAUGGCCUCGCCAACCAAUGCCCAGGCCCCUAUGCAACAGACUCAUCCCGCUCACCAGACGUCCCCGAUCGUCCCGUCGCAACAGCAUUAUCAACAAGCUCAGAAUGCGCCCGGUGCCGUCCACCAGCAGAUGAACUUCCCGCAGGGCUAUGGCGUCACGACUGCCAUGCCCCAGACAUAUGGCAUCUCACCGACACAGGCGGCCGCGAUGGCGACUGCCGCCGCGUCCGGACAAUUUUAUCCACUUCAGCAUGAUUCGAUGGCUGGGCAGAUGGCACAGGGUCCGCGAGGUUCGCCGCGCAUGGCUGGUGUGCAGAUGAAGCCAGAUCGGAAUCCGCGGUCACCCCCGCAAAUGCCAGGCCAGAUGCCGCCGAUGGGCUCUCAAGUUCAGAUGCCGCCGAACGCGCAGAUGGCUGGUCAGCGCCGGAUGAGUCAUGUUGGAAGCCCCAGUGUCGCCAGCGCACAGCCUGUCAUGAGUCACGUAGGACGCGCUCCCGUCGCACCUCCCAUGCCUGGUGGCCCCCAGUCCGCUGUGCCCCAGAACCAACCGUCGCCUGAGAUGGUUGCUGGCGGGAAUAGCCAGGAAGAGUCUCCUCUUUACGUGAAUGCGAAGCAGUUCCACCGUAUUCUCAAGCGCCGGGUUGCGCGCCAGAAGCUGGAGGAGCAGCUACGCUUGACAUCCAAGGGCCGGAAGCCGUACUUGCACGAGUCGCGGCACAACCAUGCUAUGCGGAGACCUCGUGGCCCCGGCGGCCGGUUCUUGACUGCUGAUGAAGUUGCUGCAAUGGAGAAGAAGCAAGCCGAAGGCGAUGGUGAUGGACUGAAUGAGAUCGUGACCAAGGGCGAGAAUGGCUCCAGCGCCCAGAAACGGAAAUCAAGCGAGGUCACCGAUGACCACAGCAACUCGAAGAAGACCAAGAUCAGCGGCAGCGCCGAUGGAAGUGAACAAGAAUCGGCUGACCCGUCUGACGAGGACGGCUGA